GUGUCUCCAAAAGCAUUACUCAGUUUACCUACCAACCGCCAGUGUCGUCAUUUGCUUCCACAAUGAAGAAUUUAAUGCCUUGUUUCGGACAGUGUCCAGUGUUAUAAAUCUCACUCCAUCCCAUUUCCUUGAAGAAGUUAUUUUGGUAGAUGACAUGAGCGAAUUUGAUGAUUUGAAAGAAAAGCUAGAACAUCACUUGGAAAAGUUCCGGGGAAAGAUUAAAUUAAUAAGAAAUGAAAAGAGAGAGGGGCUGAUUCGAGCAAGGAUGAUCGGGGCAUCUCGUGCUUCAGGGGACGUCCUGGUGUUCCUGGAUAGCCACUGUGAGGUGAACAGAGUCUGGCUGGAGCCCUUGCUGUAUGCCAUCAACAAAGACCCCAAAAUAGUAGUGUGUCCUAUGAUAGAUGUCAUUAAUGAGAUCACCCUGGAAUAUAUACCCUCUCCCAUUGUAAGGGGAACUUUUGACUGGGACCUGCAAUUUAAAUGGGAUAAUGUUUUCUCUUAUGAGAUAAAUAGACCCGAAGGACCUGCUAAACUGAUCCGGUCACCUGCAAUGGCUGGAGGAAUUUUUGCUAUAUAUAGGCAUUAUUUUAAUGAGAUUGGACAGUACGACAAAGGCAUGAAUCUCUGGGGAGGAGAAAAUUUGGAACUUUCACUAAGGAUCUGGAUGUGUGGAGGCCAACUCUUUAUAAACCUCUGCUCUCGAGUCGGACAUAUCACUAAGAAACACACUGAAAGAAAGUCUGCAGUCAUGAAUGCCAUAACACAUAACUAUCUAAGGUUGGUGCACGUUUGGCUGGAUGAAUAUAAGGAGGAGGUUUUUCUUCGAAGACCUGGUCUGAAAUUCAUGACCUACGGAAACAUUAGUGAGCGUGUUGCAUUAAGGAAACGGUUGGGCUGCAAGUCAUUUCAGUGGUAUUUGGAAACUGUCUUCCCAGAGUUAGAGUUAUCUAUGGAAAGCCGAUUAAAGGAAAAGAAAUCAUUUUAA